GAACAAACAAAGGUCUACAAAAAAUUAGUGGGAAGCCUAGAUACAAUCCGGGCUCCCACUCCUUUAACUAUAGCAAAGCUAAGUCGAGUAAAAAUGUAAGCAACUACUCGAGCCCCCACAUCCUGUGAGACGGAGAAUUUCUGGAUCCGCUUAAGUAAAGCCACGACAUCCCUAUCCAACUCUCUCUCCGACAACAACUCUACUGCCAUCCUUCAUUCUUUCCCUGUCUCCUCCCAUCCCCUCCCCCCGACCGCCCACCGGCUGCCUCCCCUCCACCAUGUCGCCUCCCUCACCAUGCCCAUCUCCCCGCCCACGACCACCUCCCCUCCCACGAUGGCCUCUCUCUCUCUCUCUCUCUCUCUCUCUCUCUCUCUCUCUCUCUCUCUCUCAGAUCGACGAAGAAUAUCUUGGUCGGAAUUCAGACCUAGAUGUUUCAUAUUGUUAUGUAUCUUUUAUAUUGGUAUUGAUUUUUGUCGUAGUGGUAUCAUUUUUUAUGCAUUGGUAUUGAUUAUGUAAUGGCAUUGUUUUUUUUUUGUACCAAUAUUAUUGUAUUGGUAGUGAUCUUCAUGUAUUGGUAUAAGACUAUAAGUUAAAUAUGCAAUGGUGUUGGUUAAUAAGUGGUACAUGUUGUGGUAGUGUUUUUAUGUUUUGUUACUGAUUCCUUGUUUUUUAUAUAAUGGUAUUGGUGUUUUUCGAAAUGGUAGUAGUUGUUUAAUGGAUUGGUAUUGAUUUCUUAUUUUUUUUUCUUUUUUGCAUAAAGAUUGAGAAAAAUUAGGAAGGGAGAUCUUGCUGGAGAUUGCGAAAGUGAGAGAAAGAAUUGUAAUUAAUAUAUUUGUAACUUCCUAAGAUGUAAUUUAAUAAAAAAAAUAAUUUAUACAAUUUAUUUUUUCAUACCCAAUUUACCCUUAGUAAUCAUGGUGAUUACUAUUUUGUAGUAAUCACCAUAACUGCUCCCGCCAUGCCUAUUAAGGUCGAGGGAGGUAUACAUACAGAGGAAGAGAUGAAUUAGCCAGAUAGGUUUCAAUAUUGUUAAGGAUAAAGUUGGAAGAAAAUAAAAUAUAAUAAGAGAUUUCGAUAAGUUAUUGUGAAAUACCACAAUUGUAGGUUUUUUAAAUUAUACAUGUCAAAAUCCUUCGUUACUUUAUAGCUUAAACAAAUGAGAGAUUUGGGUGAAAUUAGACAGAACAAGGAGUUUGGAUGAGGUUUUGAUCCCUCAUCCAAAACGGCCCUUUAAUGCUAAUGAAUUCACUCUUUACAAUUUUGUUAAACCGGUAUGAACAAACAUAAAUCGAUUAUAUCACAGGUCAGAACGUAUCAUUUGUCAAUAAAAAAUGGUCUGACAACGUUGGGGGAGGGACACCGUGUCCACACUCCACAGAUAGCUCCACUCGAGGAAAAAAACUUUGGGGUGUGUGAGAGAGAGCUGCUUUUCUCGCAGGGGCUGGCAAACCCUUUUCUUCUCUUCUUCGUUUGGUAGUUCACUUAUAGCUCGCAAGGCAGUUCAACAAUCAGCAACAUCCUCUCUUUCCAUUUUCUGCUCUGUUGGUAAGGCAACGAGACUUUGAAUGAUUUGCUUAUGUUCUCUUCGCGUACAAGUACCCACGAGCUUCUUGACUAUUUUAGACUGUUAAAAAUGGCGACUAUGGUCUAUGAGGAAGGAUACUAGGAAAUUUAAGUGGAGAAUCUUGCGAUUUUCAAAGCGAAAAGGAAGGAAAUGGAUUUCCGACACUUUCUUUGCAGGAGGACACAAAUGGUAAGAGUAACUUGAUAACUGUUUUUGCACUCAAAGCCCCACUGUCAGAUGUUUAAUGGGGGUCGAAGUCAAAUUACAGGAAGGUGCGAUCCCUCCUUUCCCUUAAAAAAAUGGGGUCGAAGUCUUUUCCUUCUCUUUCUUGCUUCUGAACCAUUGCGCUUCGCUCACGCAGGAGGAUUUUCUCUGUUUAUCCAAAGGGAAAUGAUAAGGGUAAUGUCAAGUAUCUAUCCUUGUAUUUGGAAUUUGCUGAUGGGCAAACCAUGCCCGACGGAUGGAGUGUGACAUCUGACUUUACCUUCACUCUCCUCUACCAAUUUGAUAUUUCCAAAUAUGCGCGAAAGAGUAGGUUGCAGCCUUUAGUUAUGUGGUCCAUUUUAUAUCUGUUCUUCGUUCCCUUGUUGCUUCCCUACUUGUGUACACUCCGUUGGUUGUGCAUGUUAAGUUGUUUGAACUGCGUAGUGAUAAUACCCGCACUAGUGUACCGGAUCUCAUCAAGUUGUUUGAAUUGCUACUCGAAUUCACCAUGGCCAUCAUCAUCAUCAUCAUCAUCCGUUCUUCAUGUGUGUAGUUGAUGUUUUCUUUUGGUUCCAUAAUUCCUGAUUGUUGCAAUAACUCGAGUUAUUGGGAGAGGUUCAAUAAUGGAUCUUAUAUCACUCACUAACACACCCCCUCAAAUGAAAGCCAGUCAACUCAUAAGGGCUUUCGUUUGCACAUGUCCUAAACACGAGAAUACAUGUGCUUCACAAAUGGGGUCACUGGGAUUCGAACACAAGACCUCCCGGCCACAACCAGGCUCUGAUACCAUGUCAAAAACCAGUUGCUCCCAAUAACUUGAGUUGUUGGGAGAGGUUCAAUAAUAGAUCUUAUACCACUCACUAACAUUGCCUUCCACAACUGUCAUUCAGAAUAUGAGCAUGCAUCCUACCUUCUGCUUUUCUCAUUUACCCUAUGAAACAAACCUUAUCACAGGUGCCACAUGUAGAUUCAGUCAUUGGCAGCCUGCCUGGGGAUUUCCAUGUAUUCAUCUGAUUGCAGACCCUCAUGAAGUUGAAUAUUGCUACCUUGUUGGUGAUACGAUCAUUAUUGAAGCAGAAGUAUCUAUUGUUAAGUCUCUUUAGCUCUUAACUAUCUCCUUCAGCAUGUUAUUUUUUCAUUUUCUUUUGGUUAAUCUCUCCUUCUCUAUGUUAAAUGUAGUAAAUGGCAGCAUUAGAUGCGGCUACUAGUGAAACAAUCGUAAGUGUGAAUGAUAAACCUCGUGAAGCCAUCAAAGAAUCAUUGAGCGAACACCUUUCACUGCAGAGUUAGGUGAUGACUAUGAACUCUCUUAGUCUUGAUCCACAAUGUUUCCAUAUGGUGGAAACACAGACCAUUGAUUCAAUCUGCACUUCCCUCUUAUUGCGUUUCACUCCUUCGAUAUGUUAAGUGUCAUACUUGCUUGCAGAAAGCGGCAACAUCAGCGGCUGCUACUGGUGAACCAAGCAUGACUGAGACUGAUCAACCUUGCGAUGAUAUCGAAGAAACUUUGAUUUAUACCCUUUCAAUUCCGAGUUAGGUGAGUCCACCAAAGUUCCCAUAUGGCGAAGAGCACAAACCAUUCCUUUGAUGCAAACACACCCAACCACACCAUUGACCCUUGGCUUCCUUCGUCGUUUUCUUUGACUUUCAGGUCUAGACUAGCAGUCAAUUUUCUCCAUCAAAUGCAUAGUUAAUGUCGAGUAAACUGUUGCAGGAGCUCUCAACAAUGACCAACAAAUGCAAUUCUCCUUCACCAGAUGGGAUCUCUUCUUCAAAUGCAAACCAUGGUUCUGCUUUGAUGCAACAACACAGAAAGGAACUGGUAGGAUUCCUUGGUAUGUCACUCGAGGCCAUAUGCCAAACCAAAUCACUCGAUGAAGUUGAGAGCAUUGUCCUCAAAGUUGUUGAGCAUUCAACUGAUCCAGUGGAGACGACAAUCCUGAUAGCCCAGGUUUCACGUCUUGCUGAGUUUAUAGAGAUCAUACCUUGCUCUCUGUCCACUAUUGAAACCGGCUGUGGUGUCGAAUCAUCCGUAUCUCAGAUGACAAAAGACAUGAAAGCGAGGCUUGUUCACAGGAAGAGAAAGCUGAGCUGUUUGAAGGAAGAGCUCUCAAGACUUGGCGAUGAAGGCAUGAAGCUUGAGGUCAAAAUUCAGCAACUUUCCGCUCGCAAGGCUGAACUCAUUGGUAAAAGGAAUUUAAUUGUGGUCGAACUGGAGAAGGCCAAUGAAGAGGCUUCCAAGGAACUCGAAGACUUCACGAAGCAAUGUGACGAAGAUAAGCUCAAGAUUGAUGGUAGGUUGAAAGCCAAGGAGAGAGUGGCUCAGUCCAAUGCUAGUUGGAAGCUUUUCAAGGAGAAUUUAGGGUGGUAAUAGUUGUAGUAGGAGUCUCUUCCUCUCUCUGAUGGAUUACUGAUGUCAGUAAUGUCGUGUGUGUGGUUCGUUGUUCAGAUCCUUUUUGGAGUUUUAGGGUGGUAGGAGUGUGGUACUAGUACUAGUCUCUUCCUUGCUAACGUCCUCCGUUUGGUUCGUCGGCGAGGACGUUUUCUGAGGGAUUUUAGGGAGGAGGAGUACCAGUGUCUUCCAUAGUUCCAUGGCCCUUGUUCUAAUGGAUCACUGAUGUAAGUAGUAACUUCCUUGUAUUUGGUUCGUCGGUGAGAACCUUUUUUGGGUCUUAGGGUGUAAAUAUAUGGUAACCUCGUAGCAAGCUCUCUUAAGUUAUAACAUGACAGAUUUUCUGAUUUCUAUUCCUCACUCUUUACAUUUGCGUUUUGGCAUGUAAGAACUGUUUUAUUGAUCGAAAGUUGAUACGGAGCAGAUGUCUGUGAUUCCUUGAUAACACUGAAUUUGCACAUGUUUUUACCCCUCAUUUCUUGAUUGUUUAGCUUGAUAUUUAUCAUAAUUUGGCCUAUUUUAUGCUAGGUUGUAUUCAUUUAUCACAUUUCAGGUCCUAGCAUGUAAAGUGAAGCAUAGGCGCAAGUUUCAAGUCAAUCGGAGAUCAAGUGGUGACUCGGGAGAAGAAACUCGGGCAUGGCCUGAAGAAUAAUGGAUUUAUACCUCAUUUAUGGACAAAGAAUCAUUCAAGCUUAUCAUGAAAAGAAAGAGGACAAGACUACGAGCGUCUGCGGUCAAACAGCGACUGAUUCAGAGUCCUGACGAGGGAGAAACGAAGCAUUAAAUAUAGUGGAACAGGUUCGGCAGAAGAAACACGGGCAUACUACCCUAAUAACACGGUCGUGUUUCAUCUGGAACCUGCCAGUGUUUUUUAUGCCGAGCCUCUCUUGUGAAGACUGCUGAAGGAAUUCAAAACACGAGCGGGACCAAAACACGGGCAGGACUAAACACGGCCGUGUUCCCGAUCGUGUUUCUGUCCCCCUGCUCGGGUAUAAGGGGUCGUUUGGAAGUUGCGAUUGUUUUGUUGAGAUUGUCAUUAUGCAUGUAUUUUACAAUGCAUCGUUUUUGUUUUUUUUGUUUUUUAGCAGAAACAAUACAUGGAUUGUUUCUGU